GUUGCCUCGUUCGGUGCGGUUGUGUUUUGCUUUCGUUAAAUGAUCAUGAAAAUAUGAUCGGUGGAAAUCGGUUUUUGAAGUUUAUAACUUUUCUUUUAGAACAUCUCGAUUUUACCGACUAAAAUCUUUUAGUUUCAAAAUUAAACUAUGGGUAGAAGGAAGUCAAACAGGAAACCACCGCCAAAACGCAAAAAUAUUCAACCACUUGACCAACAAUUUAAUUGUCCUUUCUGCAAUCAUGAAAAAUCCUGUGAAGUGAAAAUGGAUAAGGACAGAAAUAUCGCUAAAAUAACAUGUCGAGUGUGUUUAGAAGAUUACCAAAAUGGCAUUAACUUUCUGUCAGAGCCCAUUGAUGUUUAUAAUGACUGGGUGGAUGCUUGUGAAAGUGCCAAUUAAAUAUAAAAGCUUUUGAAAUAAUAUCUAUAUAAUGAUAAUUAUUAUUUUAAAGUCAUUAUAAAGCUUUUAAAUAAUAAUUUUCAUAAUAUAUAAAUUAUUUCAGAAACCCUAAAAAACACAUACCUCGGAAAUACAAAAAUAUAUCUCAUCGAAGCAGAAAUAUAAAUGUAAAAAAUUCCUAAAAGUAUUAAAAUAAAUUCGAAAGUCUUAUUUUACUUUAAAAAAAUGUGUAUUUUAUGUAAAGCCCGGCAUUUAAAACUAAAAUACUCAUAUUAUUGUACAUUUUAUUUCACUGGAACUCAAGCAGGAAUUUUAUGACACUUUUGGGAAUUCGAUUUUAAAUGUUUAAAUAUUAUUUUUCAAUGACAAACAAAUUUAAAAACCUGGUAAAUUUAUUUUAUUAAUU